ACAUCAUGUUCUUUCAGGCCUAGUCAAAGUCAGAUCCGACCCAACCCAACACGGCUUAUUUAGUGUGUGUAGCCGAAUCCGACCCAAUAUGUGGGAACGGAUCCAAACAAACCGGUUGGGACGAUUGACCAAAUCAAAAUCAUCUUCUAAAUCAGAAGUACGACCGAGUCGUAUCGUAGCACGCAUCUCAAAGGCGCCCAUCGGCCCCGCACCCGCGGGACUCGGUUGGCGUGUGGCUCGAUAAAGACGGCGGAUGGCUCGGUUCAUCCUCCGAUAAAAAGGAGGAGAGGAGGAAGAGGAAGAAGACGACGACCAUGGCAAGGCUUCCUCUCCUGGCGCUUGUGCUCGUAUCAGCCCUCCUCUUCCUGUCUUCCCCUCAAGGAUAUGGGAGAAGGAUUCACGUCAUGAAGCAUUAUGAAGCGUGGAACUCUCCGGUGCCAUCGCAUAAGGAAGAUUCAAGGAUGGGAAGAGAGACGACGGAGAUGGAGAUGGACUACCCGGAGCCGGGAGCCAAUACAAACCCCCGGGCCGGAGCAAUCUUCGGCUCCCCACCACCAUCACCUCCCGUCCACUAGCCACCAUCAACCACCGCAACAAGAACAGAGAGCAGCAGCAGCAGCAGCUGCAGAGAAGGAUGAAUAAAGGUUCAUUGUCUGUCUCCUAUAGAUUAGCGGGUCUCUCGUCUUCUCCUCUCCCAUAAAUAAUGGCUUCUUUCCUUUCUCCUCCACAUGUGUGAGUACAUGGAGAGCCACCUACUGUUGGAAAGAGUGGAUGUCUUAGGUUUUGUUAAUGGAGCUGCCGGUGAGGGCUCAUCAUCAGGCAGCAUGCAGCAGGUGGGCAAAACCAUUGCCAUGUCCAACUUGUGUGUAUACUACAACGCUAUUGCACUCAAAGAAAGCAUGUGAUCUACUCGAUGUUUCUAUAAA